AUGGAUAAAGAUGAUUCAGGCUCAUUAUUAGAAAUAUCGGAAUCAGAUCGAUAAACUAAUUUAUUACUCUCUAAUAACUUAACAGACAUCUUUUGUUCAGAUUAUUAUAGUCGGUUUAAAAAUAGUACCAAUAUAAAUGAACCUUCUAUGACAAUGUCUAGAGUUUCAUAAUUAGAUAAAAUUUCAGAAGAUAAUUCCAAUACUACUCAUAUAAAAAUUAUACACAUCACUGAAAGGUUGACCUCUGAAAUCCAAAGAAAUCAAGUACUCCUUAUUUAUUAUAAAGCUGUUAGAAAAUAAAAUAUCUGUAUAAGAUAUAAGAAUUAAAGAAUUGCAAGACUAAUUAUAAGCAAAAGAGUUUUAACUAAAAGACACACUUAAUUUAAAUCUAAAAUUAUAAACUUAAAUAAACAAAGAGCAAGAUAAGAUAAGACAAUAUAUCAAAUAAAAUAAAGAACUCAAAUUUAUAAUCAAGUAUCACACUAUUUAUUUUAGUUCCCUCUAAAAUCCAUCAAACAUUUCAGACCUAAGAACUGAAACCUUAUAAUCUACUUUAGAAUGUCCUUCAGUUAGACCUAUAUCUCAAACAAGAGGAAAAAGAGCAUAAAAUAAUUCUCACUCAUACUCUUCAUCAAAAGCAGUUUUUACAAAAAUGCUCACUGAAGAUUCAUAAUAGAAUUUGAAUGAAAAAAUAAAAGAAGCUCUCUCAUUCUUAAAUUAAAGAGUUGACAAUUAAAGGAGAGAUCAAAAAAUUAAUGAUAAAUCCAAAUAUUAUAGAUCACAAUCUAAUUUUUGGUCAAGUGUUACUACUUCUCCAAAUCCUGGAAGAAGCAAUCAUACUUAGAAUAACAUAAGUUUAACUAAAUUAUAAAGUACUGAUAAAAAAUUAGACAAUACUUUAAUAUUACUUAAAGCAAUUAGAUAAUAAUGUAAUCAAAUUACAACAUAAAAAAAAGGAUGA